AUAGCACUGCUCCCCAAGACGCGACAGCUUCUUUCAUAUUUGCAAUCAAGCCCCCUGGGUACCGCAACUCAGCCUGUAGCUGACCCGAUAGUCCCCGCAAUGACUACUAUCUUUUCCCCAGCGGCUGUCUUGCCAAAUGGAACUCACGAAUGGGGGAACCGAGUGGAUACUGUUUUGGCCUAUGAGGUGUCCGCUGCACUCCCACCAGCAAACGAUCUCGGGAACAUGCCGGUCAUUGAUGAGGCCUCAUUAUCCACCUUGGGCUUAUCUGGAUAUGUCGGAACCAUUGAUGAAGCGAACCUCUCACAUGUUAGUUCCCUUCAGCCAACGACCACCAACCACGCGACGGUACCCUACGGCGGGAAUUGGAAUCUUCCGAUGCCGGACAACUGGAAUGACACUGCCAACCGUGGAAGUGCUGGACCUUCUACAGCGACCUACCAUGCCUCUUCAAAUGAAACUCGUGCCGGAACUCUAGGCAAUGGAGCGAAUUGGGGCGAGGAUACUGUGGGCUGGCUGAAGGGACUGGCUUGGAGUAUGGGAUACUACCUCAUCCCUCGCGGCGCUGCCAUUCCCGGUGGUGCUCUUGUUUAGGAGCUUCACUUCAUGUUUUUGAACACUGAUUGGUUCAGUUGUGUCAUCAUGAGUGGCUCCGUUACUUGAAUAUUCUGCACCACGUUGAAUUUUCAUGUAGAGCGAGGCUCGUGGUCUGGAAUCCUCGCAUCUUGAUUUGGAUUGUGGACGAUGCAUUCCCUUAGACCGAAUAAUGUUCCAAGCAUUUGUGCUUGUCCACUCACGUUGUCCAGUCUGCAGAU